AUGGCUUCCAGGACCCAAACAGCGGCCAAAAUUCCAGUAGUAGAUUUCUCCCAAGAGGACUGCUGGAAGUCAGGGACAAAUUCUUGGCUCUCAGUAAGCAGAGACAUUUGUAAUGCUCUCGAAGAGUUUGGCUGUUUCCUGGCAGUCCUUCCCAACAAAGUUUCUCGGGAGCUUAAUGACACCAUGUUUGGGACAUUCAACGAGUUGUUUGAUUUCCCCGACGAAAUUAAAGCACAACUUCCUCAGGAAAAACCUCUAGUUGAGGGUUACGCAAGGCUGCCUACCCGGGAAUACAUGUCAUUUCAUUCAAGUACUGAAAAAAUCAAGAACGUCACACGUCAACUUUGGCCGGAAGGAAAUGACCAGUUUCGUGAGAGUGCUGAUCUGUAUUCAAAAGUGAUGACAGAAUUAAAUCAAGUUGUGACGAAAAUGAUAUUUGAAAACUACAAGGUAGAGAAAUACCACAAUGAUCACAUUCAAUCGACCAUACCCAUUACCUUACUUCUAAAAGAUGAUGAACCCAAGACAGAUGAAACUGAAACUGGUGAACCCAAUCAUACAGACAAGUGUUUUACUGGCAUGCUCCAUCAAGAUGCGUAUGGUUUUGAGAUACGCUCAAAAGAUAACGAGUGGAUUGUUUAUGAUCCUCUGCCUUCAUCGUUAUUAUUCCUAGCUGGUGAUGGACUUCAGGUUUGGAGUAAUGAUAGAAUAAAAUCUUGUAUGCAUAGAGUCGUUUUGAAGGAAAAUAAGGUAAGAUACUCAUUCGGACAAUUCUUUUGGAACAAAGGAGAGAUAUAUGUACCAAAUGAGCUUACGGACAAGGACCACCCCAUGCAGUAUAAGCCAAUAGAUCUAGUGGAAUAUUUUCAAUAUUAUUAUGAAAAUAUGUCCACCGUGGGAUUUGAUUUUUCGGUCAAGGAAUAUUGUGGGGUUUGAUUUUGUUGGUCCAAGGUACAAGGUAGGGUUUCUUCUCACCAAAU